AAGAUGUCUGUCUGAAGUUGAAAAGCUAGUUCCUGUUAAGCGAAUAACAACAGAUAGACAUGUUUCGAUUGCCAGUGCUAUGAAAAACAAACACCCUCAUAUUAAUCACCAAUAUGAUGUGUGGCAUUUGUCUAAAUCUGUCACAAAAAAAACUAACAAAGAAGGCUAACAUUAAGGGAAAUGAUGACUUGACCCAUUGGAUUAAGUCCAAUUCUAAUCAUCUUUGGUGGUGCUCUGCAAGUUGUAACAAGAAUGCAGAAGAAUUGGUGGAAAAAUGGAAGUCUGUCCUUAACCACAUUUCCAACAAGCAUUUCUGGAAGGGGAACACAUAUUUUCAUCAAUGUUGCCACCAACAAUUAACAGAAAGAGAAACAAAGCAGAAAAAGUGGUUAUCUCCUACUUCACAAGCAUAUAUUGCUGCAGAGAAGGUGAUAUGUGACAAGAGGCUUCUAAAAGACCUGCGGAAGCUAUCUGAGUUUUGUCACACAGGAGAGUUGGAGGUUUACCAUUCCUUUUUACUGAAAUACUGCCCAAAGCAAGAGCAUUUUUCAUUUCCUGGAAUGUUAGCCCGCACUCAGUUAGCAGCAUUAGAUCACAACAACAAUAUUAACCAUGAUAAGGCAGUCAUUAAGUCAGGGACAAACAAAGGGCAAGACCGUUACAAAAUGAUUUUUGCUAAAACACAGAAGCAAUGGGCUGUAAAAGCAAUGAAAGAAAAGAAA